CUGCAAUACAUACACUACGGUCUAAGUUUGUACCCAAGGAACAUUUCUGCCAAGUUUGAUCAAGAUUGGUCAAAGGGUUUUGAUUUCUAUUUGUCACAUACUUUCUACUUAAUAAAAUAGAUAGCUAUAGAUUAGAUCUAGAUCUUAAAAAUAUUGGAAUAACUGUUACUAGACUUUAUGCAGGCCAUAAUAUGUACAUACAAAAACAAAGCCUAAUAAAAAUACUUAGAAAGACACCAAGAUAAGGCACAUUCUUUGUUUUAUAUCCUUAGGACAAAUUUGUACUAAUGCUUGUAGCAUUGUCAAACUUUAAUCAUAAAUGAAUAUCAUGGCAAACAUGUUUAGGGCCAGAUCAUAUGGAAUAUGGUCACUAUUCAACAUGACAUCUGUUAAAACUCUGGCUGAUCUACAGUUACUUAUUGAAUCAUUAAAAGACAAGCAAUUCUGCAAUGCAUUUGUAUAUCAUUUGUUUUUAAACUCUGGCAAAAAGGCACAACAGACUGGAGCACACCUCAUUGAUUUGGCACAAAAACAAGACUGCAACCUUAAUUCUGUAAAAAUAAAAAUUGCUAGGCUGAAUAACCAAAUGAAGGUUUAUAAGAGUACAAUUACCAAAAAUUGGAACAUCAUUGUGAACUUUUUGGCUCAAGAGUUCAGAUUUCCAGUAGCCAAACAGAAACACGAUCCUGUUCGCCCCAAGAUGCCACCCCCUCCUUUUUCACCGUUGGAAACCAGAGCAGUAACCUGUUGCUUGUCUUGUCAACACCAGAGACUUACAAACUCAAACUUAAAAGCAUCUAAUAGUAAGUUAAAGCAAUCCCUCUACCAGGAGAGAAAAGAAAAAAACGAGAUCAGAAAAACGUAUGAGGUGAGGAAAGUAAAUCAAAAAUUAAAGAGAAACACAUCAAGAAUUUCAAAUUAUAAACUUAAAACGCAAGGCCUUCGGGCGAAAAUCAUUUCUUUAGAAAGAUCUCUAAAACGUUCACACAUAAAAUGUAAACAUUUGGGUCAAAAAAACAUGGAAAAUGAAAAAAAGAUAGAUUACCUCACAAUGGAAGUCUGCAAGUUAAAACAGUCAAAAGAAAUGUACAAACAGUUAUUGCUUGAAAAGUCACUUUUGAUUGAAAACUUGCAAGAAAAAGUUGUGCAAUAAGAGCCAUCACAAAUAAUUACAAAAGAGAAUUAAAAAAAAAAAAAAAACCUAUUAGAUACUUUGUCACUUCAUAUAUUUUGAUCGUGACGUGUGUUCUAAUACGCAUGUAGUGGUGUACCUGGGUCCUCAUAUGAGGGUCAGACUACUUAGAUGUGUACACAGGACAGUACAGUUCAAGGACAAUAACAAUGUACUGAGCAAAACUUGAUAUAACAGACAUAAGACAUUUAGACUUUGUUAAACUUUUACUUGUACAAGAAAAAGAAAAUAAGAGCUAUAAAUUGUGUAAAAUUAUAAUAAAUUUUAUGUUUUCUCUACAUACAUAAAACGAUUUAUUAAAAAAGUCUGACACUAAA